AUGAGCAUUGUCCAGGCUGCGGGCUGUCCGAACACCCUGUCGCUCACUGUGCCCCAGCGCAGGUUUGCUCCCUGCGAGAGGACGUUAUGCUCUGCUGGAAAAGGGAUGCUUGAACUCCACGCAGGCAGACAUCCCUGUGAAGACAGCGCAUGCCAGAGGUGCUGGGGUUGCUGGUGGUGAGAUGAUCUUCUGUGCCUGUUGAGGCGGCUGAGGCGGGCGGCGAGCUCACUCCUUCCCGUGCAUCCCUGUUUGAUUGACGUUGGCUUCCCAAUCACUGCGACUGUGUCUGAAGAAAAGCAAAGGAGCGUAUUUUUGCUGAGAGAAUUUUCCUGGCAGGGGAAGGCAUGCAGGGCUGAGAAAUGUGCCAGCAAAGAGCCUGGAAGUGCAAGUCCAGGUACUAACAGAACUUCCACUCAAGCCAUGCUGUUGUGAAGUCCUUUAUCUCUAGCUGCAUCUUGCUCCAGGACUUGCUGCACAGGGGCUGCCCAUGGCAUUACGAUAGGCUGGGCUGGAUUAGUUCCUGGUGUGUUGUUGCUUCAGCCGUCUGAAGGACUGAGGAAGAGUGCAGGGAAGAUGUUGGACUUGAGCUUCCUGACUGAGGAGGAGUAUGAGAAACUGAUGAAGGUUCUGCAGAGAGAUGCAGAGCUGAAGAAGAAGGAUGGGGAUCGCAUCAGGCGAAUAGAAGGCUCCAUCAAGGAUGAAAAGAAAAAGAAGUUUGUGACAGGUGAAUGGUUUUCAGAAGUGAAGGCAAAACGGUUUCAGGAAGACUUAGAGGGGCCAGAUCUACUUCGAGCAUCAAUUAGAAGAAAAAAGGGCAAACUAGAAAAUGAGGCCAGCGAGCACAUCCGGACGGGUCUGGAAAGCAAAGCUGCUCUGAGUCCUGCCUUCCCUGAGCAUGCUGCUGGUGCAGGAGAGGAGAGAUCCAGCACACCUGCUCUUGAUACCCCAGAGGAGCAUAAAAUCUUGCCAAAACCAAAGCCGAGACUUCCUGUCCCUCUCUCUGCAUCACACAAGAGACCCAGCAUACAUGAUGUCUCUUCCUCAGAGAGUGACACUGGAGCAAGUCCAUUUGUGGCUGCAACAAACAGCUUGCAUUUAUCUAGAAAAGGUCAUGCAGUGUCUCCAUUGCCCACCAGACUUUCAGAGGAUGCUGUACCUCAGCUCAGCAGUGUGGCUGGAGGAGAGGCUGUUGGUGGGGCCAGUGGCGCUACAGCGGGGGCAAAAAAUCCACUUGAAGAAACUUAUGCUGCCAGCAAGAUACCAGUUAAGAGGAAACCAAGCAGAACUUUCCCCAGAUCUGAGCAGUUGGUGAAUCACGUGGAGUCAGCAGAGAACAGCCUCACAAAGAGAGAGCUGCUGGCAAGCCCCAAGCCCCUGACCACAGAGGGGGAGAGCAGCCAGGCUGGGAAGCAAGGUGCCAACUACACAAUCUCCUCAAUGAGUAGCAAAGAGGAGGAUAUCGGCCUCGAUCGUGAACACUUCAAGAACUUGAAGAACUUCUGGGAGAAGGGAGCAGACUCUGCGAUGGUAGGACACGUGCCAGAGGACCCAAGCUGGGUGGAGGCAGAUGGUCAGCAGUUCAAGCUGUGCCGCUCACUCUCUGUGCGCUCUGGGCAAGGCCAGAACAGCGAAGAAAAACCUGGUGUCUUCAACAAAACAAGGACCCCCUACAAAAGGACAAUAACCUUGUCUUCUAGCGAGGAGGAACCAAGCUGUGUAGCCCCUGCACGGAAGGGUUCGAUUUCCAUCGUUCCUAGAUCCACGUACGCCAAGAGCAAAGGUGGCCUGGUUCCAAGAAACAACUCGCUGGGUGAAAGCGAUGGGAAGCCACCAGUCCCAGAGGAAGAGAAGGCGGUGCAGCACUGCUCCAAGAAAUCCAGAUUGCCUGUGCGAGUGUCUUCCGUCAAAACCGGGUCGCCCACUGAAGAAGUGUCUGGCAGCACAUUCGAGCUAGAGACGCCUACAAAUGAGUUUAUUGUGUCAGAAGAGCGCAAGCACACAGCAAAGUCCCCGGCGAGCAGGGUGCAGAUACUGAUUGAGCCUGUGCUCACAGAUGGUGAAAAUGAUGAUGGGAAAGAGGAAGGAUCUGAUUUCGGCACUCCUGACAACAUGGAAGUAAGUGGAGAGCUACCUGAGGAGAAAACGUGCGAGUCUGCAGACCAGCCCACACCCGGCGAACCAGCUGGAGAGAGAGAAGCUGUGCAGGGAAUGGACUCAGCUGUUUACUCAGAGGAAGAUGGGGAUCAUUCUCCCGCCGCUCAGGCACUGACCCGAGCGAAUAGUAUUAAUCUUGCAAAGAGUGUGGUGAACAUUUACACAACAACAGAGACAUACACUAAACCUCAUUUGAUACCCCAUCACUUCCUUGAACCUGAAAGAGUCAAAGAGCUGAGCCGAUCCUCUCCUCUCCUGCUGUCUGAGACUGAAUCAGACACGGCUUCAGAAAUCAGCUUCCAGCUUAACAAGCACAAAAAGACGCCGAGCGUGGGCAGCCACUCGUCCGACAUGGCAUCUGUCUCCUCGGUGAGUGGCAGUGUGCUCAGUGUCUACAGUGGUGAUUUUGGGAGUGUGGAUGCCCAAGGGACCGUGGAGUUUGCUCUAGACUAUGAUGAGAAGAACCGGGAGUUCCAGGUUCAUGUGUCCCAGUGCAAGGACUUGGCUGUCGUGGAUGAGAAGAAAGGCAGAUCUGACCCGUAUGUUAAAACUUACCUGCUCCCAGAUAAAGCUAGAAUGGGUAAGAGGAAAACUUCAGUGAAGAAGAGGACAGUGAAUCCUAUUUACAAUGAGGUGUUACGGUAUAAAAUAGAGAAAAUGGUAUUGCUGAUCCAAAAAUUGAAUCUCUCUGUUUGGCACAAUGACCCACUGGGACGUAACAGUUUCUUGGGAGAGAUCGAGAUAGACUUGGCCAGCUGGGACUGGAGCAACAGGAAACUCAACUGGUACCCACUGAAGCCCCGAAGCCUUUCUGCUGUUAAUGGUGUGGAUCAUCGAGGAGUGAUGAAUUUGUCUAUCAAGUAUGUCCCUCCAGGAAGCCUAGGUCCCAAAAAUCCUCCCUCUGGAGAAGUUCACAUUUGGGUCAAAGAUGUCAAGGACCUGCUGCAGUUGCGUCCUUCUGGAGUUGACUCCUUUGUGAAAUGCUAUGUGCUUCCAGACACCAGUAAGAAGAGUUACCAAAAGACCCGAGUCAUAAAAAGAGACACAAACCCUGUUUUCAAUCACACUAUCGUGUAUGAUGGCUUUCAUACUGCGGAUCUGAAGGAUGCUUGUGUUGAACUGACUGUGUGGGAUCAUGAAAAACUUACCAACCAUUUUCUUGGAGGAAUCAGGCUGGGCCUUGGGACAGGUUUGAGCUAUGGCAUCUCUGUGGACUGGAUGGACUCCACACAAGAGGAGGUGGCCUUUUGGCAGGAGAUGAUGUCGGCUGCCAAUGAAUGGAUUGAGGGAUUGCUGCCCCUGCGCUCACUGGCGGGCAGGAAAAAACUGAAAUAACAUCCUCUUCAUGCCACAGAAACCUGAAUGUGUUCAUUAGAAGUAGGAAACUUCCUGCACCAAGGAGAGACCAUCCGCAGGGCUGGCAAGUGUCAGGUUAUUAAGGCAAUUGAUGGACAGCACUUUGGAGAUAUUAAAUGUUAAGUACUGAUUAAUUACCUGACAGAGGCCAUUGAAGAUGCCAAACUGAUGCUAUACUUGAUUUUGACCAAGAAGAAACUUCAUUUGCCUUUUUAUUUAAUCAUUUAUACUCAGUAUAUUUGAAUUCCAUUAGUUCUGGGAACACUGGCAGAAGGAAAAGGAGAUAAAGAUAUUUUUAUUUUUUUACUGUUUCUUGUGCCAUUUUUUUUCCUGUGCAGAGCUGCAAUUGUGCUAAAGCAGCAGCUUUAUUAUUGGUGUUAUUCCCCUGCAAGUGGCACACUUUGUACUCGGUGUAGGAUUGCUCCAAAUCACCAGCAGCACAGCCUGAGAACAGGAGCUUUGCAUUUGUUGCUGCUGAUAACACGUCUCUAACGUGAGGAAAAAUGAGAUCCAAGGUGAAUCUAAGGAAAAAGAGGACUAUUUGAAGCAGAAAAUUAAGCAACCUGAGGAGGAUAACAAUGAGGAAUUUGAUAUAUUUAUUUCUGCUUUAAUAUGAGAGAGAAGUGAUGGUCCUACAGCUAGUGGGAUUUUGCAACGAGGGGCUGCUUUCCUAGAUUUCCCACAGGCUUCCUCAGUGACCUCAGGCAAGUUUCUCUAUGACAGGACAGUUUCAGUGCAAAAUAAACUGAAGUGCUUGCCUAAAUGUAAAAUACAGUUAUGUAGCUAAUGGGCCCCUUCAUGCCAUUGAAAUGCCUUGUGUGCAAAAUAUUUCAAUAUGAAAUUAUGAUGUAGGAAACAGGUCUCGUGUUAGCCUGGCACAACGGAUCAGGAAAGAAAGGUCAGAGCCACACUGGAAGGCAGGAGGUCUUGGGAACUGGUGGGAGAGGUAAGUAGGGAGUGAAUUAAUGUGAAGUGGGGGGUCUCCUUUACAUGCCUGGGGGUCUCCUGCCUCUGAACACCCUGCUGUCCUUCUAGUCUUCCUUUCACCUGAUGCCUGUCAGUGAAUUGUCCCUGUCUGGAAUUUCCUUUUUGCCAGUAGCUUGCAAGAACUUUGCAUCUGGCACAUUGUGUGUGGCAGAGUGGAGUCAUGAAUGCAUUUUUGAAAUGCAGCUUUGUAAUUUCUAUUUUGGAUGUACAUAUUGUGAUUAAAUAGAAUGUUUUUCUUUAGUUGUCAA